GUGAAUGCUACGUUAGUUCUAUUUAGUGAACACCAGAACAAUCAUCAGAGUCAAAUCUCUCGCUCUAGUUCUUUCUCUCUAAGGCUAGGCUAUCUCUGAUCUACUGUAUUGCCAAGAUGUCUUACAUGCUCGCUCAUCUCCACAACGGCUGGCAAGUGGACCAGGCCAUUCUAUCAGAGGAGGAGCGUGUGGUGGUGUUGAGAUUUGGCCAUGACUGGGACCCUACCUGCAUGCAAAUGGAUGAGAUGCUCUAUAAAGUAGCUGAUAGUGUGAAAAACUUCGCUGCCAUGUUUUUGGUGGACAUCAACGAAGUGCCCGACUUCAACAAAAUGUACGAGCUCUACGACCCAUGUACAGUCAUGUUCUUCUAUCGUAAUAAACACAUCAUGAUCGAUUUGGGAACUGGUAACAACAACAAGAUUAACUGGGCACUGGAAGAUCCACAGGAGAUGGUGGACAUUGUUGAGACUGUAUACAGAGGUGCUCGGAAGGGGAGGGGUCUCGUUGUCUCCCCCAAAGACUACUCCACGAAAUACAGAUACUAACCUCGUGAACUUUACAUGAACACAUAAUUUAUUAUUAUUCAUUCAUUACGUGUCUGUUUUAAUCCAUACUAUUUUUCUCUUGUGA